AUCAACGGCCGCGCGCACGCGCACCUCGCUCUCGCGCGCUCGCUAGCGCCGCUGUCCGCGGUGAUGCUGUGCCACGCUCUGACUGCGCCCCACACGCUCUGAGAGCUGUGAUUGUGCGCCCUGCACCUGCCCCCGGACUGACUCCACUAUGGCCACCACAAAGAACGAGUAUCACUUUGGAAGGGGCGGGCUCGGGGUGUGUGCGCGUGGCGGGGAUGAUGCGCGCGCGCAGCGGCGGGCGGCGGCCGGCGGCGGCAGUCAGCGCAGCGCCGGCGACGCGAGCACUCGUCCCGCGCCAUCUCCGGACACAGCGCACAGCAUGCUGCACGAGUCGUGGCCCGCCGCCUGGCACAAGGCGGACUCCUUCGAGCUGGACGCGCUCUUCGCCGAAGUAAACAACAACUGCUCCAAAGAAGGCGAGGCGGAGUGCGGCGCGGAGGGCAGCGGCGGCGACGCGGAGAGCCCGCCCCCCCUGCCGCCGUUCGGCUACGCCCACCCCGGCGCGCUGUCGCCGUCCCACUCGCGCAGCUACCAGGAGCUGCGGCCGGCCGCGGCACACGCGCGCGACAUGCAGGCCUACGCGCACCUCGAGGAGGUGUUCAAGCCGGGCAGCGCCGCGCCCGCCGCGCCCGCGGGCUCCACGGACGGCGUCUACCUGCGCCGCAGCAGCCCCGACCUCAGCCCCUCGCCCGAGCGCCGCGACGACUUCCGCGCGCACUACGAGCCCUACACGCCCGCGCCCGCGCCGCCGGCCUACGCGCACGACCACCACCAUCACGUCGACGGUGGUGGAGGAGGCAGUGGUGGGGGAGGCGUCUACUCGCGCUGCGCGUACGCAGCUGGUUCGCCUUACUUCGGGAACGGUGGCGACAUCAGUACGCAACCGCAGAUCUGGACAUCUAGUGCAGGCGGAUCCCCCAGCUACGGAGGCGGCGGCGGCGUGGUGCUGGGCGAAGAGUACACGGAGGGCGGCGGCGCGGAGGGCGCGGGAGGCGGCUCGCUCCCAGCCUUCAGCGCGCGCUUCGGAGGCGCCUUCGCGUGCGCCACGUCGCGCCCCAACGCCGUGUACGGCUCCAGCACGCUGACCGCGCCGCCAUACUCGCACCAGGAGGUCUGGAGCUUGGAGAGCAGUCGACGACCGCAAAUGUCUGCAGCUGCCAGUCUGUCUGCCAUGGCCACGGAGGGGGCCCCGCCGGGCGCGGAUUUCUACAAGGGCUUCCUGUUUAACGGCAUGGCGACGUCGCACGCGCACGCGCUGCCCGCGCCCGCGCCGCUCGCGCACCCCGCGCACCAGCCCUCCACCCCCUCUGACUACAAACAGAAGAAAGGGAUGGGCACGAAGCGGCCGGGCAUGUCGUGCACCAACUGCCAGACCACGACGACGUCGCUGUGGCGCCGCAACUCGCUGGGCGAGACUGUCUGCAACGCCUGCGGGCUCUACUACAAGCUGCACAACAUCAACCGACCGCUCGCCAUGAAGAAGGACUCCAUACAGACGCGUAAGAGGAAACCAAAAAACAGUAUAAAAGCAGAACGCAGCAUAAAGGCGGCAGUGCAGCGCACCGUCACCUCCGGAGUGAAGAUAGAGAACCUGCUAGAGGGCGGGUCGCACGGGGGCGGCGGGGCGCGGUCCCCGCUGGCGCUGAACUACUUCGUGCAGCAGGCGCUGAAGGCGGAGGAGCCGCCGCCCGCGCACGCGCAGCACGCGCACGCACACACACACACGCACGCGCACACACACGCGCACGCCGCGCUCUACGACGAAGAGUACCGGCGCGCGGCCGACGAGCGCCUGGAGCGGCCCACCGUCGUCUCCAUGGGCAGCUGAGCGGAGAAUCUCACUAGGUUACGUACUACGUUACUGCUGCACGGCGCACUGAGUGCCCGUGUCUCCCACUGUUACCAAAUAAUAAUGAUGUAAUAAUAAGCGAUGAGACUGUAUCUGCCGGCUCCUUCCCGGCGCCUCUAGCGCUGCAUUCCUAGCUAGAUAUAGAUAGCUUCUUAUUUACAUAUAUUAUAUUAUAUAGUGUUCUGAAGAGGCUGUAUUGAAUGUUUCGUAAAUAAAUUUUAUUUUAUGUUAAUCUCUAUAGGAUUUAUAUUUUUAUAGAUAUUUAGCAGAGGUGUCCACUGACACGGCGGUUUGUUUGAGUCGACGUCUCGACAUAAAUCGACUCGAGUAUUGCAUAAUACGAGUCGUGUCAGAGCGACACCCCAGCCGACAUUAGUGUCGCUUGGUAUGUAGUCGUUAACUCCAUGACUUCGACAAGCAUUCCAUGAAUGAUCUGACAAACACAGGUCACGCCACGCCCACGCAGCGUUCACGGCCGGACCCGCCGCAUUAUACGCUCCUCCUCCUAUGACCUCGCGUACCUCACAAUGCUGCCAGCGACUUCGUUUGCACAACUUUCAUUCCUAUUCCAGUUUCAAAAAAAAGAACUUUUCUACAAAUCCGUCCAUUGGUUUCGGAACCAUCCAAAUCCAUAUGCAACAACUUUUUAUUUUUUUAUAACGUUAUGCUGCUUUUGAGUAUGAGCCCCUGGAGUGACUUGGUACUAGUCGAGUUAUUUCGCCAGAUAGUGAGUGAGCCGUUAAACAUAUAGUGAAAUAUAUUUUCUUGCGUGUUGGAUGUUGUAUGCGUGGAGUGGCUUGGCCUGUGCCUGGUACUGAGUAAGUGCCCACUGGGCCGCGGUCGCCCCCGGCCUGUAGUAACGCAAAGAUCUGAAGUACCUCUCUACCGCAUUAAUCCGAAUUAUAAUAUAAUAAUAGUGUUAACAAUAAAUUAGUUAUUUGUAAUUAUGUUUUUAUAUUGUGUCGACAAUCGUUGCAUGUUCAUAGAAAAUAAUAUAUAACAAUAAUGUUGAAGUAGCUAUACGAGGAGUGGCUGUCCGUCGGUGUGUGUAGAGCUGGCACGUUGUUGCCGAAUGUUAUUGUUUCAAUACAUUAAUGUAAGUGUAAUGAUGUGAUGUUUUAGAUAUUUAUGCGUUGACGGAGAGUCCUAGUUAAGAAUCAUGUAUCUGUGUAAAUAUUAUGUAAGUGACAACAAGUACACCUUCAAUUAAAGGUCAAUGGAAACUGACGACUUCUUUUAUUGC